AUGCAAGGUUACACCUCCGGCAUGGUCCAGUCACACAAGCCCCACGUCAAAAUUGCUGAACCUCCACACUACUCGGGCAAAGGAAGUCUGGAGGAUUGGCUUCAACAACUUGGCACAUGGAUGCGGUGGAAUGAGAUCAAUGAUGACAAGCACAAGAUCACCACAGCCCUGCUACACUUAGAAGGUGGUGCAUUCACCUAUAUGUCAGAAUAUGCAACCAAGGCAGCAGCACGGCAAUCACUCAGCACAUCGGAUGACUUUGUUGAUGUUCUCAAGGUGAAUUACAGGACACUCGACCCGGACAAAGAUGCGCAACAACACCUGAAGGGGCUCUGUGCAAAGACCUACCCUACCAUGGUCUCCUUCACAGAAACGUUCCACCAGUGGGCCAUCAAGACCAACCUGGGGCACACUGCACUCAUCGGUUAUAUCGCUGAACAUCGUGACAAGAACGUGCGCCAAGCAAUGGUGACACGAGACAGCUUAGGUAUCGCCGACCCGACCACAUGGCCGGAGUAUCUCGACCUCUGUCUACAACUCGAGUCAAAGUUCAGAGCUGAUAAGGCAGGACAGCGUGGGACAACAAUGGCAUCAUUGGCACCACGGGCUCUGAAAGACCCUAACGCAAUGGUCAUGGAUCGAGUAUCCACGCUCACCAAGGAGCAAGAAGGAUGGCUAGAAAAGAAAUUCUCCGAUGAUGGCAAGGUGAGGGAAGAAGCAGUCCAUGCUUUCAUCGCCAGCUAUGACAUGAAGGGAAAGGAAAAGGAGGCAGAACCGGAACCAGCUGUUGAAGCAGCUAGAAUUACGGGGGAAGAAGAUGAUGAGGAUCUUUUUCAGCAGGGAGUAAGGGAAGUCCAGACUGAGGCGCUCCUCGAUUCAGGAGCAUAUUCUUGUUACAUCAACCCAUGGCUGGUUGAUCAGUUGAAUUUUGCUACAAUCUCACUUGAGAAGGAGAUUAGGGUUUAUAAUGCAGAUGCAUCUCACAACAAGGGUGGAACCAUUAAGAAAAGGGUUCUUCUCAGCCACAAAGACGUUAUACUAGGCAUGAGUUUCCUCAAGGAGCAUAAUCCCGAAGUGGAUUGGAGAAAACUCACGGUCAAUUUCACCCAGUGCCCACACAGAUGUGCACCCUCACAGGUAGCAGUUCAGAAGGAGGACCUGGAAGACACAAACAUCCUCCACAUCGAAGACCUGAUGGAGUUCGUCGGUUCCCAGGAGUUAGGUGACAACUGGGACGACAUGGACAGCUUCAAUAGAUGGAUGUCAUUAUCAGAAGACCCUGAUGCACAAGCUGUAGUGUCACUUAUUAUGGACCUUGACACCAAGAGGAAUCAGGAUAGAGCACCACAAAAUGGAGAACAGGACAAAGACUACUGGUCAGCCUAUGUCCCUAAACACUUCCACGAGUAUGGUGAUGUGUUCUCUAAGAAGCAGUCAGAAUGA